CUGGAGGUCGGAGCUUUUCUCUAGGGUCUCAGCACCAGGAAAGAGGCAGGCAAACCUUCAAGGGACAAACCUUGAAGGGGAGAAAUGUACUUCAUAAGCUUCAGAGUGUUUACGUAAAUGAUCAACCCCGUGGCUUGCUGGUCAGACUUGGUACAUCUGGGAGCUGCUACUGCUGUAACUGCCAGUCACCACAGGGGUGCAGUACAGACUGGACCAGCAUCCUUUGGUGUCACCCGGAAGCUAGUUCAGAUUCAGAAUCUUGGUCCACAACCCAGAACUACUGCCUCAGAACCUUCAUUUUAACAAGAUUCUCUCCGGAUUAUUCAUUUGCACCUUAAAGUUUGAGGUGCUGGUCUGCUCUAGAGGACUACCUGGCUCUGAUGCAGCCCUUCAUUAUUUACCUUUUGGGUGUUAUCAACUGUACCUGCAUUUAAAAGAAACUUGGAUCUGCUGGAAAAGUGAGAUGAGUGCUGUAGGCUGCAUUUAGAAGAUGAACAUGGAUUUUUCACACCUUCUAGAGGAAAAAGAAAGAGGGAAGAGGAAGGGCAAGAGAAGACAGAUGUGAUCACUGGCAUCAUUUCACCUGGACUGAAUGCUACGCUCUGUGCCUAUAACUAUACCUGGGCUUGACCCCAGAACUGGCAAUUUUCUAAGCCCAUCCCUUCAGAGUCAAGAUCUCGUGGAGCUGAGUUUUUCUUUCUGUCCUUCACUGAGGCGCCAGAGGAAUCCUACAAACUGGAGAGAACAGGAGAUGGAGAAAACAAAUGGGAGAGAGGGCAUUGCUCUGUCCACAGUGGAGACUGGCAUAGAGAACCCAGGGCUGGAGCUCACGGAAGAAGGAAUAAAUCCUGCGGGAACCAGGAAGACUGAAGAGCAAGGACACAGCCUUGGGGAUGGAUUGGAACCUCCCACUCAACAGAGGAGGAACCUACAGCCUUUCACCAGGGCAAGAAGUUUCUGUAAGACACAUGCUGGCUUGUUCAAGAAGAUCCUGCUGAGCCUGUUGUGUUUGGCUUAUGCUGCCUACUUCCUGGCAGCUUGCGUCUUGAAUUUCCAUAGGGCACUGGCCUUGUUCGUCCUCACCUGUUUGGUGCUUUUAGUCCUGGUUCACCGCUUUCUGAAAAGGUUCUUUGGUGAAAAGUUAACGAGAUGUCUGAAGCCCCUUGAAAACUCCUGCCUGAAGCUUUGGAUGAAAGGUGUGUUCGCGGGAGUCUUCUUGGUUGGCCUUAUCCUGUGGCUGGUUCUAGACACAGCCCAAAGGCCAGAGCAGCUGAUCUCCUUCACAGGAAUCUGCAUGUUCACCCUCAUCCUCUUUGCCUGCUCCAAACACCACAGUGCAGUGUCCUGGAGGACAGUGCUUUGGGGCCUAGGUCUUCAGUUUGUCUUUGGGAUCUUGGUUAUCAGAACUGAUCCUGGAUUUAACGCAUUUCAAUGGCUGGGAAACCAGAUUCAGAUUUUCCUCAACUAUACUGUGGCUGGCUCCAGUUUUGUUUUUGGGGAUAUGCUGGUCAAGGAUAUCUUCGCUUUUCAGGCCUUACCGAUCAUCCUUUUCUUUGGAUGUGUGAUGUCCAUUCUUUACUACCUGGGCUUUGUGCAGUGGGUAGUUCAGAAGAUUGCCUGGUUUUUGCAAAUCACCAUGGGCACCACUGCCACAGAGACCCUGGCUGUGGCAGGAAACAUCUUUGUGGGUAUGACAGAGGCACCUCUGCUCAUCCGUCCAUACCUUGCAGACAUGACGCUUUCAGAAGUCCAUGCAGUGAUGACUGGAGGGUUUGCCACCAUCUCAGGCACUGUCUUGGGAGCCUUCAUAUCCUUUGGGAUUGACGCGUCAUCCUUGAUUUCUGCCUCUGUGAUGGCUGCCCCUUCUGCUCUUGCUUUGUCAAAGCUGGUAUAUCCAGAAGUGGAGGAGUCCAAGUUCAAGAAUAAGGAGGGGGUAAAAUUGCCCCGUGGGAAGGAGAAGAGUGUUCUGGAAGCUGCCAGCAGUGGAGCCACAGAUGCCAUAGGCCUUGCUGCUAACAUAGCAGCCAACCUGAUUGCCUUUUUGGCCGUGUUGGCCUUCAUCAACGCUGCCCUCUCCUGGCUAGGGGAACUGGUAGACAUACAGGGGCUCACUUUUCAGGUCAUCUGCUCCUAUAUCCUAAGGCCCGUGGUUUUCAUGAUGGGUGUCGAGUGGGCAGACUGUCCGAUGGUGGCUGAGAUGGUGGGGAUCAAGUUCUUCACGAAUGAGUUUGUGGCCUAUCAGCAACUGUCUCAGUACAAAAACAAACGUCUCUCUGGAGUGGAAGAGUGGAUUGGAGGCGAGAAACAGUGGAUUUCUGUGAGAGCUGAAAUCAUUACAACAUUUUCACUCUGUGGAUUUGCCAAUCUUAGUUCCAUAGGAAUCACACUGGGAGGCUUGACAUCAAUGGUACCCCACCGGAAGAGUGACUUGUCCAAGGUUGUGGUCAGUGCCCUCUUCACAGGGGCCUGUGUAUCCCUUAUCAGCGCCUGUGUGGCAGGAAUCCUCUAUGUCCCCAGGGGAGCUGAAACUGACUGUGUCUCCUUCCUAAACACAAGUUUCACCAAUCGAACCUAUGAGAUCUAUGUGUGCUGCAGAGAGCUCUUUCGGAGUACCUCUCUGAAUGGAACCAACCCUCCUUCUUUUCCUGGUCCCUGGGAAGAUAAAGAGUUCAGUGCCAUAGCCCUUGCUAAAUGCUGUGACCUCUACACCAAUGCUGUCUGUGCCUAAAGCUGGUCCAUUUCCGUAACAGUCCUGAUCUGGAUGGCUUUUUGAUGGCAAAGUUAUUUUCAUACUCAGAGUUCUCAUUCUACAGCUAACUCACCUUGAUCUUUAAUAGUAAAUGUAAAAUAUUCAUUUUGGUUCACUGUAUGUCAGUAAUGAAAAUUAGCCCUCAUUUUUCCAUUAUUUGGCUGAACCAAAUAAGAAAUUCAUUAUGGGCUCUGUCUGAGCUUAGAGUUGAAAUAAUAAAUAUUACCAUGUCAAAAAAUGUCUUGCAAACCUUGCUUCUAGUUGCCAUCUUAAAAAUUAUGUGAUGUGUGCCAGAACUCUUCUAUAUGUGUUCUGGUAAAACAAAUAUGGGAGGCAGGCACAGUCUGCCUUGGAGUUUGAUGAGUGUCAUUCCUCUCUGCCCCUUACUGAAAGAAGACGUAUGCAGGCAAGUUAUUCAAAAUCUUGUACCAGUUUUCUUAUCGUAAACUGGGAAGAAUGAUGUUUGCCCUGUUCACUUCAAGAUUAUAAUAAUCAAAGCAGUGUGUGGAAGUUCUUGGAAGAUGUAAAGUGUGUUUCAUGACUCUGUCCUAAAGAUGCUACCAGAAAACUACUAGAGCUAAUCAAUGAAUUUGGUAAAGUAGCAGGAUACAAAAUUAAUGCACAGAAUUCUCUUGCAUUCCUAUACACUAAUGAUGAAAAAUCUGAAAGUGAAAUUAAGAAAACACUCCCAUUUACCAUUGCAACAAAAAGAAUAAAAUAUCUAGGAAUAAACCUACCUAAGGAGACAGAAGACCUGUAUGCAGAAAAUCAUGAGACACUGAUGAAAGAAAUUAAAGAUGAUACAAAUAGAUGGAGAGAUAUACCAUGUUCUUGGACUGGAAGAAUCAACAUUGUG